AUGGUAGAGGAUCAAAUUAUUUGUUCUGGACAAUAUCCUCGCAUGGAUUAUACAACAUAUUUAUUAGAAAAACAAAAAACAACUGGAAUAGAGCUCGAUCAGAAAAUUGAAAGGGAAAUCAAUGACGCCGUUAGAAUAUGUACAAAAGAAGAAUUCAACAAAGAAAAUUUUGGUUAUAUAACAGAUAUCAGUUUGAAUAUAGCUACAUGGAUAUGGCAAAUUUUCAAUGUGGUGCAAUUAGAAAUAGUUGAUACCACAAUUAGUAGUAGUAGUAGUGGCAGCAGCAGCACAGAUCGCAGCACAGAAGUUACAGAUUUGUAUUCGUUAAUAAGUAAUGGUUCAGUGACUACACCAGUUGAGGAUUUGGCAUUGGCAGAUACUACGGAAGAUAAUGUGGCAGCUGGAUCUACUCGAGUAUAUGUUCCUGUCACACAAGCCACUCGUCAAGCUAAUAAAAUACAAAGAAAACGUGGAAGCUCAAUUGUUGCAUCGGAGAGUAAAGUCAGGAAAACCAUUACUGUUAAAAACGCUACAGAUAACCAGUCUCGUGAAGCUUUAUCCCACGAAGGCAGUGAUCAAAUUGUUUAUUUAUCUGAUACAACUGGAUAUCUUCCGAUUACACCAUUACGUGCUCGACCCAGUUCAAUUUACAGCAAUGACUUGGAAAACUGGCGUCCUGAUGUGUGGGAUCGUGAUUAUAAUCGCCGAUUUCGACAUAACAACACCAGAGUGCAACAUAUUGAAGCUGAAUGUCAAGAUGAUUAUAUGAAAAUACGAAUUGGAUUCAACGGAUCAUUCAAUGGGUUGCUAUAUUCGUCAGGAUACGCAUAUGAUCCUGAUUGUAUGUAUAUUAAUGGAUCUGGCCGCGAUUACUACGAAUUUUAUAUUCAGUUAAACCGCUGCGGUACAUUAGGAAAGAAUGCAUUGAACGAAGAUAGCAAAAAAAAUCCAGCUAAAAAUUUCAUGUGGAAUACCGUGACAGUUCAAUAUAACCCAUUGAUUGAAGAGGAAUUUGAUGAACAUUUUAAAGUUACAUGUGAAUAUGGAUAUGACUUUUGGAAGACUGUAACGUUUCCGUUUUUGGAUGUCGAAGUGGCAACAGGUAAUCCAGUUAUCUUUACAUUGAGCCCUCCUGAGUGUUAUAUGGAAAUACGUAAUGGGUAUGGAACGUCAGGCACACGUGUGCAAGGUCCAGUUCGUGUUGGAGAUCCUUUGACUCUGAUGAUUUACAUGCGCAGCAAAUAUGAUGGCUUCGAUCUUGUUGUGAAUGAUUGCUACGCUCACAAUGGUGCAACAAAGAAGAUUCAAUUGAUAGAUGAAUAUGGAUGUCCAGUUGACGAUAAGCUCAUUUCUCGUUUCCGUGGCACGUGGUCGGAAAAUCAAGUAUAUGAAACUCAGGUAUAUGCUUACAUGAAGACAUUCCGAUUCACUGGCUCUCCUGCGCUAUAUGUAGAAUGUGAUGUACGUAUGUGUCACGGAAGAUGUCCAUCGCAACCAUGUCAUUGGCGAAAUUUGAAAGGAGUAUCAAAGAGAGAGGUGUCUUCAGAAAAGAAUAACACAAACACAACAUUAUCGGACAACAUUAGUCUGUUCCAAUCAUUAAGAGUUUUGCAAGAGGAUGAUUCCAUUGAUGAAGAUGACUCAAAAACGUCGAUUGGUUUGCAUGAUUCUGCCGAGACCUGCAUAAAGACAACAAUAUUUUCUGCAUUGGCCGCUAUCCUAUGUACCCUUUUAUGUAUAUUAGUUGGUCUCUUAUUCGUGGCCUACGUGAAAUUGCGCUAUCGUAGGUCUAAAGAUCCGGGAUUCUUUGACGCAUAUGUUGGUCACAAAGGACAAAUCGAUUAAUAUUCUUAUCAUCAUAGAAACACAUAAUAGCUGCCUUUUAAAUUAGUGUUUAAGACUUAAUAAUAUUUUAAGAUAGGACUUGAUGAUAUUUUAUUUGUUAAGCC